GUAAUAUUUGUAAACAUUUCCCGAGCUGUAAAACAAGAAAAGAACAAUGUCGAACGUGCGCCUGUCGAACGGGAGCCCGACCAUGGAGAGGAUGGACGCGGCGAGGCUGGGGGAUCAGCCCAAACCGUCGGCGUGCAGGACUCUGUUCGGUCCGGUGGAUCACGAAGAGUUAAAGAGGGAGUUAACGGGCCACCUGAAGGCGAUGGAAGAGGCGGCGGCCGAGACCUGGGGCUUCGACUUCUCCACACACACACCGCGGCCCAACGCCAGAUUCAUCUGGAAAGUGGUGGACAGUAAGGACUUACCGAGUUUCUACAGCGCGUCUGAACCGCCGAGUAAAAGUGUGUGUGUGUCCGGGAAUAACGGAGUGGAUCUAAACGGGAACUGUGGACUAACCGAGCAGAAGGAGGACAGGUCCGAGAAACAAACCGACAGGACGGACAAGAGGAAAAGACCUGCGUGUGUCGACUCGUCGUCUUGUUCGACUAAACGCUCGCGCACCUGUUUAAAUGAAACUCCUCACACACCGAAGAAAUGCAGUCCGCCGAGACACACGUAAAACACAGCUGAGAGCCGAAGAUGUUCUCUCCCUCCUGACGGCUUCAGUGCUUGGCAGACGAAAAGUUCACGGAGUGAAGAAUGAUAGGAAAGGAAAAGCUUAUCAGCUCAAAGAGUGGGGAGACUUGGACAAGCACUGAAACAAACGUUCUGGCACUAAACAAAAAAAAAAAAAAAAAAAAAA